CCAAACACACCAAACACCGUGUGUUUUGUUGUAAAUCCGAAGCAAUAAUAAUAAAGUGCAUGCAUAUUCUUCUGAAUCGCACCUCCCUCUCUCAUAAUAAUAAUAAUUCUCCGUAACUUUCUUUCUAGAGAGAAUUCAAAUCUCUCUCGCCGAGAGAAUUAAAUUGGAUUUCCGCGUAGCAGUGGAUCUGACCGGAGAUUUCACCGUCGGUGAAUGAGGUUUUAAGAGAUUGAUUUAGAGAGAAUUCCAUUUCUCAUUUUUGUCUGCCGAAUUCAAUUCGAAUCUCCCCCGGCGAGAGAAUUGGAUUCAAUUUUGGAGGAGCUGUGGAUCUGAUCGGAGAUUUCACCGGCGGACGAGGGUACUAUUGGCAGAUGAAUUGUUGAGAUUGUGAUUCAGAUUUAAUUUUGUGAGGUGUGGAAGUGUGAGCAGCGAGGAGGAAGCCAAUGAAGAACGGCACGUUAGAAUGCAGUGUGUGCCAUUCGAAAUUGGUUUCUCCAAAUUCUAGAACAUAUUCGAAGGCUUAUGACCGGCAUAAGAUCAGGGUUUCAUCAAAGCAGCGUGCCCUUAAUGUGCUUUUGGUUGUUGGCGAUUGUGUCUUAGUUGGUUUACAGCCAAUUUUGGUUUAUAUGUCCAAGGUGGAUGGGAAGUUCAAUUUUAGCCCGCUUAGCGUUAACUUCUUGAUAGAGGCUGCGAAGGUUCUGUUUGCAAUUGUCAUGCUUUUGCUCCAGGCGAGGCAUCAGAAAGUUGGAGAGAAGCCCCUUCUAUCAAUCUCCACAUUUGUACAGGCAGCUCGUAACAAUGUUCUUCUUGCAGUUCCAGCUCUUCUUUAUGCUAUCAAUAACUAUCUGAAAUUCAUCAUGCAGUUAUAUUUCAAUCCUGCAACUGUGAAGAUGCUGAGCAAUUUGAAGGUUUUGGUAAUUGCUGUUUUACUGAAAUUCAUAAUGAGACGUCGGUUUUCCAUAAUUCAGUGGGAAGCUCUUGCUUUGUUGCUCAUCGGAAUAAGUGUAAAUCAGUUGCGCUCUUUACCUGAAGGUGCUAGCGCUAUGGGCCUUCCAGUUGCAACGGGUGCAUACAUCUACACAUUGAUCUUUGUGACCGUUCCAUCUAUGGCCUCUGUAUUUAAUGAAUAUGCUAUGAAGAGCCAAUAUGACACUAGCAUAUACCUACAGAAUGUAUUUUUAUAUGGAUAUGGUGCUAUAUUCAACUUUUUAGCAAUACUGGGAACUGUCGUGGUCAAAGGACCCAGUAGCUUUAACAUCCUGGAAGGACAUUCAAAAGCUACCAUGCUUCUAAUAUUUAACAAUGCAGCCCAAGGAAUUUUGUCUUCUUUUUUCUUCAAAUAUGCAGAUACAAUCCUGAAGAAGUACUCUUCAACAGUCGCAACAAUCUUCACUGGCAUUGCAUCUGCUGCCUUGUUUGGUCAUACUUUGACCAUAAACUUUAUGUUAGGAAUUUCUAUUGUGUUCAUCUCAAUGCACCAGUUCUUUUCACCACUUGCAAAAGUCAAGGACGAACAGCAGAAUGGAAUAACAGAACUGAGGGAUGUUCCUGAGAAACUCAAGUCAAAAGAUUCGUUCCUAGAUUUGGCAGCAGCAGCUCAUGUAGAGACAACUCGUCAUGCAGGAGAGGAUGAAAGACGGCCUCUACUCCCUACCUAAAGCUUCACUGAAUUUGUUUUACAUUAGAGAGGUACAACUAUUGUUAAGAUGUUGAUGUUUCUUAAAAUCUUAUCUGUUAGAUAUUAAAGGCGUGCUGCAACAAUCUUUGUUAUUCAGGAAUUUUUGUGGGAAGAAUUCUUUUGGCAGGACUUGUUGGACUGAAGAGAAGACAAGUCCAUUGUCAGAAUCAAAAAAUAAAUACAACUUGGAAGAAUUGUUUUACACAUUUGAGAAUCCUUUCCUGCUUCUUUCGUUCACCCGGUCGGUGUGCCUUUCAAUCAUGCCCGGGUUAUCUGGGUUUUCCCCGCUCGAGGCUUGACAAAGAUUAGUAACAUGGGUUACCAGGUACCUGGUUCCCGAUGUCUUUCCUGCCUUUUGAAAACUAAUGUGGGGUUAAUUUUGUUCUUUCCUUUAAAGAUAUUCUUUAUCCUGUUUGCCCAAAUAUCAUUUCUUACUCUCUUUUAGAAGUCCAUAUGGUGUAAUGAGAAAAAAUGUCCCCUUUUCCUUAUACAUAUCAUGCUAUUUAAAUGUAUCAUUUUGUCGCAGUAAAUCAAAAAAUAGUUAUUUUUUUUCUUAA